GGCGAGAUGUGAAAACGUCUCAGUGUGAUGCAGCGACCAGGAAAUCUAGCGCGGCAGGUUACGUCCAUCUCACCCGUUCAUCUUCCGAUCGGACGGCCCACGCUCCACGGACGCGACGGUUGGAGCCACUUCAACUGCUCUUUCAUCUCUCCCCGAUUUUGUUUCUUCCUCGACCUGCUCUGCUUCUCCUCCGCACCCAAAAAUAUCAAAGAACUCAAAAGCGGAGAGAGGCGAAGAACAGGGGGGACGCCAUGAACGUGGAGGAGGAGGUGGGGAAGCUCAAGGAGGAGAUCCAGAGGCUCGGCCAGAAGCAGCCCGAUGGAUCCUACAAGGUAACUUUCGGUGUUAUCUUCAACGAUGACCGUUGUGCAAACAUAUUUGAAGCACUAGUCGGCACCUUGCGGGCUGCCAAGAAGAGAAAAAUUGUUAAGUAUGAUGGUGAGCUGCUUCUACAGGGGGCUCAUGACAAUGUUGAGAUAACCCUGUUGCCUCCUCCAGCGGUCGCUGCUGCCUGAAGAGGGAAGCAUCUGCGAGCCUCUGGUGUUAAGGCGUUGAUAUGCAUAUAAUCUAUUGUGUCUAGAUUCUCAUGAACCAUUUGAUAUUCGAAGCGGAUGCCUAUCGCGUGAUGUAUGAACUAUGGGUAUGCAGUUUCUUGGACAUGCUUGUAUUGGAACUGAAAUGAUAAGUUCACUGCUGAUAUAUUGUGCAGUGUAGAAUGAGCCAUAAAAUGGCCAUGAAUUUUUUACAGUACUGCAUUCA